AUGCAAAUGAAAAUAAGGUUUUGGGAUAAAAGGUCACAUUCCAAGGGCACAUUCCACAUACGGAAUGCAUUUAUGCAAAGUGUGGACAAACGGAGCAGCAACACCCUGUCUAGAUAUUUGUGGCUAUUAAGGACUACUUUGACGCAAAUUCCAACUGUUUAUAUAAAAACUCUAAGAGGUCAAUCCACAUUCCAAUUUAUGAGUGUACAAGCUGGAUUUCGAAGAAAUUUUAAUGCAGCUUUUUACUCUGGAAAAAUGAUCACAACAGUUUUCAAAAAAACUAUUGUGAUUUUGAGUUCCAUGACUAUUUCAUUUUUACGUAGUUGUGCUCAGCGUACUCGAGACUUCAAUGGAAUAAUGCCCAUCAGCUUUCCUUUUCAUUCUCAUUUUUUUAAUCAGCAAACCAUACAAUCGUGGAUACUUCAUCGCGCUAUUAGAAUUCCGCGUAGUCACCCAAUACGAAGAGAGUGGAAUUGUUCAGAUAGUGGAUGUUUCCAAGUUUCAUUACGCUUUGCAUGCGAUGAGUCCCCACUUGCGCUACAACAGCAGGCAGCUUUGCGCGAACCUUCUAGACGGAUUGAAAAAGGCGAUGCUAAAGGAAUAGGAAGCUGUAAACUGUACUUGUUAGCGACAUUACGGUCGAAUCUAAAUCAAAUUGAACAUGAAAACAGUAGUUUUCCAGGGAAGCAUUUACUUACCUACUACAUUUACUACAAAUGUACUAAUUGUUUAGAAUUUGGAAAAAGUGUGUUUGUAAGUCGGUGGAAAUUGCAAAACGGAACAUCGAUGCCUAAGCUUUUUGAAAAACACAUGUUCUUUUUAAAUGGGAAUAAACCUGAUAAAAAUUCAUUUCUCUUAAACUGUCUUUUUCUCACAAAUUAUUCAUUCUGGUAG